UCCUCCGUUCUCGAGUAACCGGGCAGGAGGAGGCGAGCGCGAUCAGACCUCCAGGUGUGUGUAGAUGUACGUGUGUGUUACAGUCACACCUGGAUGCAUCAUGUGAUCAGAUACCUGGGCGUGGAGCUAGCGUUCAGUGUGUUAGUCGGUAACGGGAAUCUCGGAACCGCAGAUCUCUUGUCGCUCCGCGCGUGAGUGACGUGAACUUUCCGUGCACCGGGAAUCUAUUCCUCUCAAUCUAAAGGGAAUCCGUGGUCUGGACGCUGCAACCGCUGCCAAGAUUUUCCCACUCAUCUUCCUCUGGGGCGGCAGACUGUAAGAUAUCUUGAGACUAAACGAUAGGAAGACAAGACAAGAGAACAGGGCCAGAAGACAACACAUGCUGGAUACAAAUUCACCUCCACCUGAGCUCUGUAUUAAUGCGCCAAGUUGCAUCAACCCUUUACAACACCGCAAACAACCUGCAGCAAUGGCCACCUGGUUACCAGCGUUCCUACUGGUGCUACAAGUAACUGCUGCAUCCUCCGAAGAGCCCAUACUGGAGUUUUCCACGGACUCGCCCAUCAAUAAUGUGGCACAAGACCCACAGACUGGUCGUGUUUACCUGGGUGCUGUCAAUGCCAUUUAUCAGUUGAACUCUUCAUUGCACCUUGAGGCCAGAGCUGAAACGGGGCCCAAGAAAGAUGCGAGGGGUUGCACCCCUCCGGUGUCUACUUGCCAGGACCUGAAAGACACCAACAACACCAAUAAACUCUUGCUGGUUCAUUCGGCUAAUGGGUCACUGAUAGUCUGUGGGAGUUUGUACCGAGGAAUCUGCUCUCUGCUCAACCUCACCAACGUCAAAGAGCAAAUAUACUACAGCGACAGCAAAGGGGAGCGGACCUACGCCACCAGCACUGAAGAGCACGUUUCCGUGGUAGGAGUCAUGGCCACGCUUGAAAUCGACGAUAAACCGUUUAGCGUCUUUUUAGUAGGGAAGGGCUACGGAAGCAUGGACAGCUCCAAACUCAUCAGCACCAGAAUCGUGCAGAACUACCGCGACUGGGUCUUGUUCGAGAGCAUUAUCGAGGCGUCUACUGUCCAGGCGGUUCCCUUUGUGCCCAAGUACCUGCACGACUUCCGCUUCGCCUUCAAAAAUGACAACUUCGUCUACUUCCUCUUUUCACGCACUCUCGGCGGAACGGACAACAAGAACUUUACUUUUGUUUCGCGCCUCUGCGAAAACGACAAUCACUAUUAUUCGUACACGGAGCUUCAGCUUACUUGCGGUCUGAAGAAUCGCUAUAACAAAGUCCAGGCUGCGUAUUUGACAGAACCGGGGAAAAUGCUGGCCCAGGCCAUAUCUGAAUCCGGAGACUAUGGGAAUGUCCGGGAGUGGGAUAAAGUCCUGUUUGUGGUAGCUAGCUCAGAGGAAGGGGCCACCGAAUCAGCUCUGUGUAUGUAUCCCCUUAAAAACAUCAAUCAGAAACUCUUGGACAUAGUUACUGCUUGCUACACGGACAAUGGCAAGAUUAACAACAGAUUAGUUGUGGAGAGUCCCUACACGUCCAGUAAAGAUGAGCCAUGUGUCAAACACGAUAAAGACAUUGUGAACCAGUAUAAGUGCGGAGCCGAUUUUCUCCCAUCUCCGUUGGCCAGUCGACAGGAGUUUGCCUUGAAGGCCAAUCCGGUCUUCAUCAGGCAGAACCUGCUGACUGCAGUGGCCGUGGCUGUCGAGAAUGAUCACACCGUUGCUUUUCUGGGACACAAUGCCGGAGAGGUGAUCAAGGUACAUUUGUCAAGCCAUCCAGAGGCAUACAACCCCGGUCCGGGCUACAAAACCAGCGGCUACGUAAAUAAGAACCUUUUCUUUGACAAAACCCAGGCGCACUUGUACAUCACCACCGAGAAAAAGAUCACAAAGGUGCCUGUACAGGCCUGCCAUCUGAAGUUGGACUGCCAGUCGUGCGUCGCUCAGAGAGAUCCGUACUGUGGCUGGUGUGUCCUGGAGGGAAGAUGCACCAGGAGAUCGGAGUGCAGUCGCGCGGAGGAAAAGAACGGUUGGCUGUGGAGUCCAAACCAACAGUGUGUGAAAAUCGUCUCUUUCCACCCGCCAAAUCUCAGCUGCUUGAAGUCCCAGCAGGUUGAGAUAAACGUCCGAUCGCUGCCGGUCCUCAGAGAUUCAGACCGGAUCCUCUGCGCCUUCGGCUCUUAUCAGAGCAACGGCAGGAUGGUGGACGGCCAAAUCAGUUGCCGCUUACCUGAGCAGCAUCUUAUACCGCUGACACCUGCGCACCAAGAUUUCGUGGCAGUUCCAGUCCACAUCUUUGUGAACGGUAGCGUGCAGUUCGCGUCCAGCGAGUACAAGUUCUACAACUGCGCAGCGGCAGUCCGGAAAGCAGAAAAUACACCAUGCACUUCCUGUGUAAGCAGCGCUUGGGGAUGUCAGUGGAACAUUGCGGCGCACACCUGCACGGAUCUGAGCGAUGCGGAAACCGGCGCCAAUAUAAUCAAACACAGACAGAACAAGAGCUGUCCGCGGUUCGAGAACCCAGAUCCUGUCCUUAUCCCGGUCGGAUACAAAACCCGGAUCAGUUUUGAGGGCAUCAAUCUGGACCCGUACAAGGGUCGUGAUUUCACCAUCGGAACAGAGCUGACGAAGUUUGAGGAAGAUGUCAAGACAGAGCCGGGACCCUUCUACUCUUUCAGCGGUUAUACGUUUUCCUUUGAUAAAGCUCAUGAGACCAACGUUCUGUUCCACGUAAGAGACAAAUACACGGGAAAGAAGAUCGACAGCAGUCUUAGCGUCACUCUGUAUAACUGCUCUCUGGGACGUGAAGACUGCAGCCUGUGUAAGAACGCCGACCCCAAAUAUCAGUGUGUGUGGUGCACGCAUUCCAGCUCGUGUGUGUACGACCAGCUCUGUGCCUCGAAAGAGCCGGAGGAGUGUCCCGACCCCCAGAUCACUGACAUCACGCCGAGAUUCGGGCCGCUGAAAGGAGGAAUAGCUGUAACUAUUAAGGGCUCGAACCUUGGCAUUCAGAAGGAUGACAUUAAAAACAUCACAGUGGCUGGAGUGCCGUGCAAACACCUGCGGGAACGAUACUCCGUCUCAACCAGAACAACGUUAGAUUUGUACACGUUUGAAAUAUGGAGCGUGUUGUGUGGAUUCGGAGCUUUUCUCACAGGCAGUGACCCCGUGGCACAAAGCGUGUCUCCUAACCGAGGUCCUAAAGCUGGAGGAACCGUCGUCACUAUCACUGGCAUACACCUGAACACUGCUUUAAAAGAAGACCUUCAAAUCAUGGUGGGCGACGUGCCCUGCAGAGUUGAGAGCUUUGGAGAGCAGAUCAGAUGUAAACUGUCUGAGUAUCUGGGCGAGACGGUUCCAUCGCCUCACCUCAACGUCAGAGUUCAAUACGGCAAACACACCACAACCACCAUCAGGACGGCCUUUCAGUUCUCCAGCAACCCCUCUGUGUCCGACCAUCAACCCAGGAGCAGCUUCAUAUGGUCAGUUCUGUUUGCCAGAAAAUAUGCCAUCCAAUCCAUCCAAUAUUUUCCUUGCCCACACAGCCAUUACAUCAUUACUCAUUU